AUGGGUAUCGCCGGUACCGAUGUGGCAAAGGAAGCGUCUGAUAUCAUUCUUACUGAUGACAACUUCACAUCAAUCGUCAAAGCUGUAAUGUGGGGACGUAACGUGUACGAUUCGAUCGCUAAAUUCCUACAAUUUCAACUUACUGUGAACGUGGUUGCAGUAGUUGUAGCGUUUGUUGGUGCUUGCGCCAUUCAGGAUACUCCUCUGAAGGCCGUACAAAUGCUCUGGGUGAAUCUUAUUAUGGAUACCCUUGCCUCUUUGGCUUUGGCUACAGAAAUGCCUACUGAAGAACUCUUGAAAAGGAAACCUUACGGUCGAACCAGCCCUCUGAUUUCUCGCACCAUGAGCAAGAACAUCCUUGGACAUGCAGUGUAUCAGCUGGUUGUACUGUUUACUCUCAUCUUCUACGGCGAAAAACUCUUCGAAAUUCCAUCUGGUCGAUGGGCUCCUCUUCAUUCACCGCCGUCUGUUCAUUUCACGAUCGUAUUUAACACCUUUGUGCUGAUGACAUUGUUCAACGAGAUCAACGCCAGGAAAAUUCAUGGAGAGCGAAACGUGUUUACUGUGAGUUUUCGGUUUGAUUUAUUUCUUCGCCCUUGA